AUGUUCGCCCUCAGAAGAACAAUGGCCACCGUGGCCCAAUCACCCCUCAAACAAGCCGGGAAAGUAGUCUGCAUUGGCCGCAACUACGCCGACCACAUCGCCGAGCUCAAAAACAUGAAGCCCAAACAACCAUUCUUCUUCCUCAAGCCCCCUUCGUCCAUCAUCCUCCCCGGCGAAGGACCCUGCCUACAGCCCAAAGGCGUCAAGAUGCACUUUGAAGUUGAAUUGGCGCUCAUCAUCGGCAAGAUGGUGCGGGAUCUGAAGGCGGAUGACCGACAGGGAGCCCUAGAUGCCAUUAAGGCCUACGCCGUGGCAAUCGACAUGACGGCGCGCAAUGUCCAAGACGAAGCCAAGAAGAAGGGUCUGCCGUGGGACAUUGCCAAGGGCUUCGACACGUUCCUCCCGAUGAGCAACGUGAUUCCCAAGACGGCCAUCAGCGACCCCCAGGACGUGGAGCUCUUUCUGCACGUGAACGGGGAGACGAGGCAGCGGGGGUCGACGGGCCUGAUGAUUUACCAGAUCCCCCGGAUCAUGAGCGACAUUUCAAAGGUGAUGACGCUGCUGCCGGGGGAUAUCGUGCUUACGGGGACGCCGGCGGGUGUAGGGCCCGUGGUGCCGGGGGAUGUGAUGAGGGCGGGUGUGAGGGUUGGGGGGAGGGAGUUGGACGAGGGGAGGAUGGAGGUUGCGGUUGAGGCGUCGCCGUCUUCGUAUGUGUUUGCGGAGACGUAG